AGAAUAUCUAUAUUAAAAUUAGGGAACAAUUUCAAUUUCGCCCCUUCUUCGCCGGCCGUCGGUUUAAAGUCGUUCUCCCUGUAGUUAACUUCCGGCAGACUGCUCAGCUCGGCCGCCGGCGAACGAAUUGAAGUUGGGAGAAUAUGUGAAGGAAAAUUUUUCAAAUUAUAUAGAGGCUCGUUGGGAGAUAAGAGGAUGCUGGCGCGAUCGAAUUUGGCGGAGCAGCUGAGAGAGUAUCAAAUUCGAUCCAAACACGACUGCGCUUCCAUAUCGUUUUUGGCAUCCACCUCGAAUCUCGCCUCUUCUAGGGUUGAUGUCGCAAUCUUUGUCAUAUGGGAGCUUGUCAUUCUAGCAUUCCUUGUUUUCUCGGCUGUUUCAUUGUAUUUUCAGCAUCUAAGGUUUGCGGUUAUCUUGUUGUGUACGGCAAUGCUGUUGCUGCUGUGCAUAAAAAUGACUAAACAAGCUAAGCUGGCUCGAAAACAAAAAAGAAGGAUGCUUCUUCCUUUAUCUAUGUAGAUGUCAAUAGAUUGUAUACUUGUCAAAAAUAAAAACAUCUUUUGUAGAUUAUGAGAAUUCAAUGUUACAUGUGAAGAA